UAAAGGUGAUGCCAGACCCUCCACCAAAGGAAACUGCUUCGGUGAAAAGAAGUUCUAAUCCUCGUAUUCCAUCUCAGAACUCAGACACAGAGCAGCAAUUCCCUACAGGUAGUGAAGGAAAAGUACCUCCAGUUCAACCCUCAGAGAAAGGACCAGCAAAGAAAGAUGAAAAUAAAGUAGAUGGAAUGAAUGUCCAAAAGUCCAAACUGGGAACUCGGGCCAUGGUCCAGGAGAUGGAGGGAACAAAGACAGCUGGAAGGAGUCAGACAGGAAAGAUGGCAAAAAAGAUCAAGUCUGCAGAUCUGCACCUGAGCGAAAGAAACCUGAGGAAAAUCCAGCCUCCAAGUUCAGUUCUGCAAGCAAGUGUGCUGCUGUCUCUGUUGAUGGUGAAGAUGAAAAGGAAGGAGCACAUUACACCAAAUAGACCUCCUGUACUUUCUCCUAGUCUCUCUCCACCCUGGAGCGUUCAAGAGCAAAGCAAACCUCUAUCCAGACAAGACAAAAUAACAUCACCACCUCCUGGGGGAGGAAAAAAUCAGGGUCAAGUUCUGAUCAAAUAG